UGGGGCGGAACCUUUGUCCCGGGGGCGGGUUCCGGGGGGAGGGGUUGUGACGGUGCAAUGGCGGCGACAGGACUGAGGCGGGCUUUGUCCAGACAACUGUGUCCAACUCACAGGUUUUGCAAUGGCUCCUGGCGUAAUGGCAGCUCCAUGUUUAAGGCCGCGGAUUUGCAGAUCGAGAUCAACAAGCAGCCGAAGGUGAAGCCGGACAACGACAGCCUGGUGUUCGGCAAGUCCUUCACGGACCACAUGCUGACGGUCGGGUGGAACAGCGAGAAAGGCUGGCAGAGACCUCACAUCAAACCCUUUCAGAACCUCUCCUUGCACCCCGCGUCAUCCGCUCUGCACUAUUCCGUGGAGCUGUUUGAGGGGAUGAAGGCUUUCCGGGGAGUGGACAACAAGAUCCGGAUGUUCCGGCCGGACCUGAACAUGGAGAGGAUGCUCCGCUCGACCCUGCGAGCCUGCCUGCCGGCCUUUGACAAGCUCGAGCUGCUGGAUUGCAUUCGGAAGCUGAUUGAGGUGGACAGAGAGUGGGUGCCUUACUCCACCUCAGCCAGUCUCUACAUCCGACCCACGUUCAUCGGCACUGAGCCGUCUCUAGGAGUCUCGCAGUCGAACCACGCAUUGCUCUUUGUUAUUCUAGGGCCGGUGGGGCCUUACUUCUCCACAGGGAGCUUCAACCCCAUCUCCCUGAUCGCUGACCCCAUGUACGUGCGGGCGUGGAAAGGAGGAGUCGGCGACUGCAAGUUGGGAGGAAAUUACGGCCCCACCAUUUACGUGCAGAGCGAGGCACUGAAGCGCGGCUGCCAACAGGUGCUGUGGCUGUAUGGGGAAGAUCACGAGAUCACCGAGGUGGGAACCAUGAACAUCUUCGUCUACUGGAACAACGAGCAGGGAGUGUUGGAGUUGCUCACACCACCGCUGAAUGGCACGAUCCUCCCUGGUGUUACCAGACAGAGUUUACUGGACCUGGGAAAGAAAUGGGGGGAGUUUAAAGUGGUGGAGCGGAAGCUAACACUUCCCGACCUGAUCAAAGGGCUUCAGGAGAAGCGAGUUAAAGAGGUGUUCGGAGCAGGAACAGCCUGUGUCGUGUGUCCCAUCAACAAGAUCCUCUACUGCGACCAGAACUAUCAUAUUCCCACCAUGGAGAAUGGUCCGGAUUUGGCAAAACGCUUCCUUAAAGAACUGACAGACAUUCAGUACGGGAGACGUCCCAGCGACUGGACCCAUCUGGUCACCUAGACCCGAUCCGAUCGAUUCCACGUCUUCCUUUGAAAGUUACGUGUGCGCCGUUUACUUCGGAUGCUUUUCUCCCUUUUCCUACAGGAGGCUUGGCUCGGAGGUGGGGGGGAGGGGGGGGGGAGAGUGGGGGCUUUGUGCUGCUCGUAGUGUUUUAGAUUGGCUUUGUUUUGUUUUUCUGAAAGGCGGUAGGACUCCAGCGCCACUGGAGGACGUUUAGAUUUAUUGCUGCUACAGUAAUGGGUGUUUCAGUACGACUUUUUUUAACCGCGUAUCCAUCAUCUUCCAAACCGAAAUUAAUGUCCGAUAGACAGAGAGAGAGAUGGGGUGGGGGGGGGGCGGCGGAGAGAGAGAGGGAGUAAGAGGGGCUCCUGUGUCUGACUGCUGCUCUCACCAACAACCCCCCCACCCCCAACCCUAACCCCCAACUGGGAAACGUCGAGUGAAUUUUGCUCAAAGACAGAACCGAAGACAUUUCUAACUCUUUCGACAACGACGACGACGACGGAAAAAAAAAUACCUAAUUCGCUGCAGGCUUCACCUGGGUGUCGGGGAGCGGGUUCAGCUUCAGCCCACAAAAAUACACGGUCACUACGCUUUACGGUGCACGUCCUGCGAAGCGCUUUGAGACGCCUCAAGGAUGGAUCUCAAAGACGCGAUGGCGUCCCUCAGUUGAGUUGGUGCGAGUCGCUGUGUUUGACGUUGACUGACUGACUGACUGACUGACAGUGGGUUGUGUGACCCACUGCCUCCGCGCGGCCGGGAGUUGCAUUGGGAACACAUUCUCGUCUCGCGUGUAAACCCGCGUGUGUUUGCGCUGACCAGCGAUGCCUUCUGUGCGGUUUUCGUUCUGCUCGUAGCCAAACAAUCAAAGCAAAAGCGGGACCUCGAUCAGAACACUUAGGCUUUUUUUUCUUUCUUUCUUCGUCUUCCUCGUGCGGCUUUGGUGUCCCACCAAGUGACCGGCUCACUCUAAACCCCCCCCCCCCAUCCCCGCUCCCCGCCCCCUACGUCCAGUCCUCAGCUAAUCGCCCCUUCAAGUUGACCGUCUAUGGUUUGGUUCCAAUCCUCCCGAUGUAAGACGAGCUUUGCGUUGAGGUACAGGUCGGCCUCAACGACCCGAUAAGAGUGGCGGGACAGGCUCGAGGGGCUGAAUGGCCUUCCUCCCCUUCCUGUUCCCGUGUGGCUGUGGUGCCUGGGAGGAGGGGGUCACGCGAGGCGCUGACCCAAACGGCUUUGUUUUCUCUCUGAAGCUUAACAUUUUUUUAGUUGCUCGUUUGUUUUUUUUUAAAAAAAAAGGAAUUUAUUUCCGGGAAAGCUUAUCCUGCGCCGUCCUGGCCGCCGCAAGCUCCGUUUAUCCUCUCUGUUUGUCGCCGCGCAGACCUUUUAUCUGUGGCGAAUGUGGAAUUUUAAGCCCGAGCUUUGGGACCUUCUGCCCUUUGUCACCGUUGGGGA